CGGGGAGCGGCCCAUCCCGGAAGUGGGUGAGACUGCUGUGCUGGGACCACGGGGAUCGGUCAUGGCUGCGAACUUGAGCCGUAACGGGCCGGCGCUGCAGGAGGCCUAUGCAAGCGUGGUCAACGAGAAGUCCCCGACUGACUGGAGAAGAAUGCUGGUACUUCUGCCGGAGCCAUGGCGAGAUGAAUGAAAGAACAAUGUGGCAAUAAAAGGGCUCUUUUUACCUACGAAGGCAACAGCAAUGACAUCCGUGUGGCUGGCACUGGAGAGGGGGGCCUGGAGGAGCUGGUGGAGGAGCUCAACAGUGGGAAGGUGAUGUAUGGCUUCUGCCGAGUGAAGGACCCCAACUCUGGCCUGCCCAAGUUCGUCCUUAUCAACUGGACUGGCGAGGGUGUGAAUGAUGUGCGGAAGGGAGCAUGCGCCAACCAUGUCAGCACCAUGGCUAGCUUCCUGAAGGGGGCCCAUGUUACCAUCAACGCCAGGGCUGAGGAGGAUGUGGAGCCUGAGUGCAUCAUGGAGAAGGUGGCUAGGGCCUCGGGCGCCAACUAUGCCUUCCACAAGGAAAGCAGCCGCUUCCAAGACACAGGCCCCCAGGCCCCAGUGGGUUCUGUGUACCAAAAGACCAAUGCUGUAUCUGAGAUCAAAAGGGUUGGCAAAGACAGCUUCUGGGCUAAAGCCGAGAAAGAAGAAGAGAAUCGCAGGCUGGAAGAGAAGCGGCGGCUGGAAGAGGAACGGCAGCGGCUGGAGGAAGAGCGGCGGGAGCGAGAGCUGCGGGAAGCUGCCCUCCGGGAGCAGCGCUACUUGGAUAGAAGCGAGGCAGCUGACCCUCCCAGUUCUCCCUCCUCCCCCAGCAGGAAGUAUGACCAGCAGGAAGUGAUUUCAAGGAACAGAGCGGAUCAGGCGGCGCACCCACGGGAGAUUUUCAAGCAGAAGGAGCGAGCCAUGUCCACCACUUCUCUCCCCAGCCCCCAGCCAGGCAAGCUGAGGAGCCCAUUCCUGCAGAAGCAGCUUACUCAACCAGAGACCUCCUUCAACAGAGAGCCAGCUCACACUGUCUCAAAGCCCAGUGCAGAGUCAGAGCAGGCUGCAUCCUCCCUUGCAGAUGCCCAUGAAGAACCGGCUCCCAGUGCCCCUGUGUAUCCAGUGCAAGCAGAAGAGGAGGAGGAGGAGGAGGCCGUGUACGAGGAGCCCCCAGAACAGGAAGCCUUCUAUGAGGAGCCACCCAUGGUGCAGCAGCAGCACGCCGCCGGCACUGAGCAUGUUGAUCACUACCUGGGGCUGAGCGGGAAGGGCCUUUGUGCCCGGGCCCUGUACGACUACCAGGCAGCCGACGAGACAGAGAUCUCUUUCGACCCUGAGAACCUCAUCACGGGCAUCGAGGUGAUUGAUGAAGGCUGGUGGCGUGGCUAUGGGCCAGACGGCCACUUUGGCAUGUUUCCUGCCAACUACGUGGAGCUCAUUGAGUGAGGACCCUUCACUGUUGCCUAGUGCUGAGGACCACCCCCACCUCCCCCCCCCCAAAAGGCGACUUCCUUAUUGCUGGAAGUUAUGGUACAAGAGGUGCAUGUGGCAUUCUUCCAGAAACGGGACCCCAGUGAAGGCAAAGCCUCGAGUCUUUCUGGCUUGGGUGGCUAGGCCUUAGCACUUCAAUGCAGCAAUAACCUGGUGGUGAUAUCCAAACAUGCUUCCAAAUAUUUCCCAGGCCCUCCAAGUGGCCCAUCCCUUAUCCCUAACAGAGGGAGUGGAGCCAAGCCUUGGUGGCCUCUGCCUGAGGAGAAGAGCACUGCCCAGCUGGGGGUUUGGGCAGGGGUUCCCACACGACUGCCUCUACAUUUGCCUUUCUUCCCCCUCCCUCCUUUUCCUCUUGGCUUCUAAGGGGGUGGUGGUGGCUACAGCUGCUUAGUGACCAAUGGUAACAGUGACCUUAACAGUUUAUGACCAAAGUCUGAGUGGGCCAUCAGAGUUUGGGCCACAAUAGGUCAUCUUUCUGUACACUGCUCUGUACCCCCACCCCCAUUUCUUUCUCCCUCUGCCUGGACUGCGGGCAGUGGGGACUGGGAUGGCCACACUCCUGUCUCCACGUGCAAAGGGAGGAGAAAGCACCAACAGACCUGCUGUGUCCUUCCACGCGAUUGACUUGUCUGCUGGCCCUGGCACCCGAUCACCCGAUUCCAGUUCAGGAAAAGUCAUCAGAACAGUUCAGGCCGGCACUCUGCCCUGUUCUUGUUCUAGGCCACCUGGACUGCUUUUGAAUGAAAGUUGCUUACACCAGGACCUGACUCUGACCCAUCCUAUUGUAAUCUGAACCCCCGUGUGAAAACAAGCCUCUUCCUAGGUGUCUGCAGUGUGUAUGCGUGUGCCCCCCUCACUGCUAGCCACCAGGUAGGGAUAUAAAUGUUGAAGUGUGGCUGAA